AUGACUAACUCUUCCUUGCACAGUAUAGGUUAUUUUUCACUGUCUGGCUUCGGUGCAACAGUCAACUACAGAGUUCCACUUUUCUCUCUCUCUUUAUUAUGUUAUUGUGCAAUUUUGCUGGUAAAUGUUUCUCUCAUUUUAACCAUAGUUUUGGAUCACACCCUACAUGAACCCAUGUACGCGUUUAUAUGUAAUCUGUGCAUUAAUGGACUUUAUGGAACUGCAGGCUUUUAUCCUAAGUUUUUUUCUGAUCUUUUGUCUGACGUUCAUAUAAUAUCAUACGCAGGAUGCCUUUUGCAGGUCUAUGUUAUAUACUCCUAUGCAAUGGUUGACUACUCCAUGCUGGUCCUAAUGUCCUAUGAUAGAUAUGUGGCUAUAUGUCGUCCUUUGGAGUACCACUCUAUGAUGUCUGUGCGAAGGUCUGCUGUGUUAUUCAGUUUAUCUUGGCUUGUUCCUCUGAGCUGUAUGUUACUUGUAAUAAGCCUGACAUCAACACUGAAAUUAUGUGGCUCUAUCAUCCAGAAACUCUACUGUGAGAACUGGUCAGUUGUUAAACUUGCUUGUGGUUCAACAAAAGCAAGCGAUGUAGUCGGACUAAUCGUCAUCGCUUUUUAUUUCUGUCAUGCUGUCUGCAUAGCAUGCUCAUAUGUGCUGCUGGUUAAAUCAGCUCUGAAAUCCAAGGAGGGCAGGAAGAAGUUUACACAGACGUGUCUGCCACAUCUGUUCUGUCUGCUUAAUGUCAGCACUGCUCUGCUUUUUGAUGUCAUGUACUCGAGGUACGGAUCAGCAUCUAUGUCACAGAACCUAAAGAACUUCAUGGCCGUACAGUUUCUGGUUUUUCCACCGAUACUGAACCCUGUUAUUUAUGGACUGGUCCUUACAAAGAUUAGACACCGUAUGAUAUAUUUGUGUAAACUGGCUUUUCAAAGACUCAAACUAAAAAGCACAUUUUGA